CCUGUAGGAAAAUACCAGAAUGGAGUUGCCCAAACCUAUUAUUGAACCCAAAUUAGCUCUAGCCACACCUUUCCAAGCAAUGCAGAUGAACAUGGAAAAGGAGAAGCUGCCGAUACUGCCUAGACACCGACAGUAGCAGUUGAUACCCCGUAGGGUCGACAAAGGGUGCCGUGCGUUCAACAUCAAGCAACCGUUUUGAGUAUGGAGUUGCUCCUGAGGCAGGAGCAGAAAAUGCCGGAUCUGCUUAUACCUUGGCAAGGUCCCUAAACCGCAGGGAAAUGGCCAUAUGCUUCCUCUUGAUGAUCUGCUUUAUUUGGAUGCCAUUUGUCGCUUCAGCUGCAUUACUAUCACCCCCUCAGAAUAUUACAAUUCUGUCCACCAAUAUGAAGCACUUUCUCAUUUGGAGCCCAGUUGCGGAGACUGUGCCUGGCGAGGUUGUAAAAUACUCAGUCGAAUUUCAAGGGGAAUAUGAGAGAGACUAUGCCAACGACAGCUGGAUUCCCAUUGCAGAAUGCACAUAUGUUAUUCUUACUCAGUGUGAUAUCACCGAAGACAUAUCGGCUACUGUGCCAUAUAAUCUACGUGUUAGAGCAUCUAUGGGGACACAGGCCUCCCUCUGGGCCACACUCAACGGCUUCUUCAAUCGUGUCACAACAUCCCUCAUUCCGCCAAUGUUGACCGUCACCACUGAUGGAUAUCACUUGCUAGCAGAAUUGGAACACCUGGGACCUGCCUUUGAAUUCUGGAUAUUUUACUGGAAGAAAGGCCCAGAAUCUACAGUUUACCGCAAAGUGGUGAGAGAAAGCACCACCACUGUGCAUCUGGAAACGAUGGAACCUGGAGCUGAAUAUUGUGUCAAAGCUCAGACCUACGUGGAAGCGAUCAACAGGAGCAGCAAUUUCAGCGAGGUGCAGUGCGUGAAAUCGGAAGAUGCCAAAGUCAUACUGUUGACCUUUGCCCCACUCUUCCUGGUUACUUUUUUUGUGGCUGUCUUGGUCCUUCCUUUUCUUGCUUGGAAAACCUGUCGGAUCUGCCAGUAUUCCUUCUGCCCAGACGAGGUCCUUCCAGAUACUUUGAAGCUAACAGCAUCACCUGCUAAGAUACUAAAGGAGAGGGGAGAAGAGAUGGAGAAGUGCGAUGAAUCAGUGCAAGUGUUGCCUUCCGAAGAGAUUUUGCUUCAUUUUUGGAUCCAUGAAACUCUUUAAUAUCACCCUGAAGACACUUAAUGGCAAACUGAGAUUAGCAGUCUUGCUCUCCUUCUUGACCCCUCUUCAGGCACACCACACGGUUUCUACUGAGAAGGACAGAUUGCGCAAAGAUGGGAACCAAAAUAUAUGUGGAUAUCAGGAAGAGGUUCCAGCAACCUAGAUUUCUUCAUCUGUAACUUGACAGAGAAGUGUAGACAGGUUGUGGGUAACAAACAGACCAUCUUUACAGCCACUUACUGAAUGUUUAAUUGGGAUGUAAGGAUCUUGGGCCAAUCCCAUUCCUCCGGUUCCUUAGAAAGGUAACAUUGGAAAGAGGUUCACAAGUCCAAGUCUGUUUUCUAAUUCAUGCUUGCAAGCCAGGAGGAACAGAGGAAAAUACCAGGAGGUAUUCUGUCUUAGUCGUACAGCAUAUUCCUCUAUAAGAAAGCAAGUUGCAUGAAAUGGCUCUUUUGGGGGAUUAUUUAUUACAACCAUUUUGUGAGGGCUCUGAUGUCUUCAGAAAGCAGUGGUGAUCUAGAUGCCGCCAUAUUUCUACUAUUACAGAAAGGCAAUCAAUGAGAGCCAGAAACUCAGAAAUUUGGGUUGAGAUUUAGUGGAUUAUUCAAUCAAUUGUUCAAAGAAAGGCUCAAUCAUAACCAUUCCUAGGCAUUAUGGCCUACGCUGAGCUGACUAUUCGUUGUGAUACUGUCAUUCCACAUGACUGCAAAUCAGCUCAUCUAGAUAAGGUCCUCUUUUUCAUGCGAGUUCUAGAAUCAAGUACAAAAGUCAUUAACUCAUAGCUGGCUUGCUGGCUGUAUUUUGUGGAGUAUUUUUUUUCCCUCUCCUUUCCGAGGGUCCUAGAGAGCUGUCUUAUUUCCAACUGCCAGAUCUUGAGUUUUCCACAAGCUGAAAUGCUUACUGCAGAACUGGAAUUCAAAGUUCGGAAGCUUUCUAUUCCUGGGUGAGAUUUUAAAUGAAUUUUUUUUUCCUUGUGCUUUAUAACAUGCAAGCACUGAAAUGCUUAAACACAUAUUUAAAAUAUGGGGCUGAGCUUUUAUUUACUUUGUGGCUUUACCUCUGAAUUUUAAGUUCAGUUCGCAUACUUGGAGGUUUAAGAUGGAUGUAAACCUUUGUAUAUUUCUUAUAUCAGCCAUACAACAGCUAGAUAUCUCAUUGUGUAUCUGUAUUUACAGCCUGAUCACUCGUAAGAUUUGCUAUGGCUGAAAACUAAUGUAUGGGAAGGCAUCAGAUAAUGCAAAAUUAUGACUAUGGGGCUGGGAGGGGAACCAAGCUCUGGCAAAUUCACAUAAGUUGAGUGGCUUGUUUCACAUUUCACACUAAGUCAUGAUAUGAUUUGUUUAGUUUUCAGCUUAUUGCAUUGUGAAAAUCCAGGUGUUGUGACUUAUAGGUAGCUUAUGCCUUAGCAUGAGGUGCUAAGAAUAUUAUGCAUAAUAUUCAACAACUCUAGCAAAAGAGCAAACUCUAGAUUGUAUAGUGAUGUCCAAGAGCCUUUUAGAUUGGGUAAAUUUUUCCCUUAUGUUGUCUGCCUGUACCUUUAACAAGUGCACAAAAGGCAGAAUCUUAAUCAGCCCAGCAUUUUGUGCCAUGAUUCUGCAGGCAGGAAAAAACAGCACCAGGAAAAUCAUGGUCUGCCAUGCAGCUAUUAAAAAAACACUCUUCUCUAUUAAAAAUCAAAGGCAACCUGUUAACCAUAGUUUCAAGGAGGAAGGGGGCCAGUUAGAAAUUGUAGCUGAUCUUUUUUUCCCAUCAAUCAGAUUUUUCUUUCAGCCUUAAGGCAGUUAAGUCUGUCAUUUAAGAAAAUGAAAAUGUUAGAAUUGCUGUGAACAUUGCUGCCUGGUUGAAUAGCAAUGGUUUGCAAUAAUAGAACAGAAUCAGAAUGCGAUUUAUGAUUCAUGAUUUGAACGUUAGAUCUAAUUUAAAUAUAUAAAAAAUAAUCCAUAAUAAUAUUGAAUUGAUAGUCUGUUCGUCUUUAUUCCAUUACAAAUGUUAAAGAUUAUUUCUAGGUAACCAUGCAAACAUUUGUAACCUAGAAUUACAUUUUUAAGAACAAUAAAUAUUGUAUUAAAUUUG